AUGGGCGAGCACAACCUCCUUAAUCCCGGCUUUGUGGGACCUCUGGUGAACAUCCACACGGGAGACACCUUCUACUUCCCCAAUUUCCGAGCCUCCGGAGGGCAGCUGCCCGGGCUGCCGUCCCUCUCCUACCCCCGCCGGGACAACGUCUGCUCCCUGCCCUGGGCAUCCUCGGAGCCCUGCAACGGGUACCCGCAGCCCUACCUGAGCAGCCCCGUCUCCAUUAACCCUUCCUUCGGCAGAGCCUGCGACCUCGCCCGGGUGGAGGAAAGCAAAUGCUACUACCGGGAAACCUGCUCCGACACGGCCGGGCUCAAGCGGGAGGAGAGGGGCAGGGACAGUGCCUUGCUGCCCCUCGAAGCCGGCCUCCCCAAUGGCAUGGGGGGCAAUUUCAGCAAAUAUGACUAUCCGGCCGCCGAGGCAGUGCCCCACGACCCUCCGUCGUGCCAGUCCUUGGAGUCAGACUCCAGCUCGUCCUUGCUCAAUGAAGGAAAUAAAGGCACGGCCGGCGAAGCGGGGGGCUUGGUGUCCCCCCUGAACCAAGGCAGCACUUUAGGCACCGGUGGUGCUCCUUGGUACCCGAUGCACACACGGUCCCGGAAAAAGCGAAAACCCUAUUCCAAGCUGCAGCUAGCAGAGCUGGAGGGGGAGUUUAUGGUCAAUGAAUUCAUUACUCGCCAAAGAAGGAGGGAGCUCUCAGACCGAUUAAACCUGAGCGACCAGCAGGUGAAGAUUUGGUUCCAGAACCGGCGCAUGAAAAAGAAAAGACUCCUCCUGAGAGAGCAAGCCCUUUCUUUCUUUUAAAGUUUUAAAAGCGUCCGUGUUGGGUUAAAAAAAAAAAAAAAAAAAAAAAAAAAAUUACAUAGACUUUCUAGCGUUCACCCGAGCUCCCGGGACUUUACCUGACUUCACCCCCACACACACCCCUCCCCGCCCAGAAAUAAAUGA